AUGUCCUACGAGAUUUCAUUCACGGAGGGACUACCAUACGAUUGUACUUGCCCUGUGUGUGAGCAGGCUCUCCGCGCUCCUGUGGUGGCAGAUUGCGGCCAUAAUUUCUGCAAGCAAUGCGUCAACGCUGAAAAUGGACCUGUGCCAUGCCCUGUUUGUCAAACAGAAAUUGCUGUAGAUUCUCUCAAAGCCAAUAAGGCUAAACAUCGUCAGGUGCAAGCGCUUAUUGUCAAAUGCCCGUUCGUUUAUGAUGGCUGCGACUGGACGGGGCCGCUCAAGCUGAUGAAGGUAGUUAAUGAAGCGGUCUAG